AAUCUUUCACAAACAAGCACUGCCUUGCAUCUCCUACUAAUACUCGACUGAGUUUUAAAAAUAAGGAAAACAAUGGAGGUCUUCAAAAGCAUCGCGAAGACUUCGAGUUCUUUCUUUGUUGUAUGCAUUUUGCUUCUCUUUGCAAAUGCAGCAUCUGAGAAAACUCACUACCAUGAUUUUGUUAUUCAAGCAACACCAGUGAAGAGGCUAUGCAAUACACGUAACACCAUCACGGUGAAUGGACAAUUUCCUGGACCAACAUUGGAAGUAAACAAUGGAGAUACUCUAGUGGUUAACGUUGUUAACAGAGCUCAGUACAAUGUCACCAUUCACUGGCACGGGGUUAGGCAAAUCAGAACAGGAUGGGCCGAUGGACCUGAAUUUAUCACUCAGUGCCCAAUUAGACCAGGAAAGAGUUACACUUAUCGGUUUACCAUGCAAGGACAGGAAGGGACUCUUUGGUGGCACGCCCACAGCUCAUGGCUCAGGGCAACUGUUUACGGAGCUUUAAUUAUCCACCCAAAAGCAGGAGAAAGCUAUCCAUUUCCUACGCCCAAAAGAGAAACGCCAGUUCUGCUUGGUGAAUGGUGGAAUGCAAAUCCUAUUGAUGUUGUAAGACAAGCUACAAGAACAGGAGCAGCUCCGAAUGUAUCAGAUGCUUACACCAUCAAUGGUCAACCGGGUGACCUCUACAAGUGUUCCAGUCAAGAUAUCACCAUAAUCCAUGUGGACUCGGGUGAAACCAACCUCCUUCGAGUUGUCAAUGCUGGACUCAACCAGCAGCUUUUCUUUACUGUGGCCAACCACAAGCUUACUGUUGUUGGAGCCGAUGCUAAUUAUGUUAAACCCUUUACAACGUCAGUCCUUAUGCUGGGACCAGGCCAGACAACUGAUGUCCUAAUCAAAGCUGACCAGCCCGCGGCCAGAUACUACAUGGCAGCACGUGCCUACGCAAGCGCUCAAGGCGCCCCCUUUGAUAAUACCACAACCACAGCCAUCCUUGAGUAUCAGACAUCUUGUUCUUCCAAUUGUGCUAAGACUAAUCCAGUUUUCCCGUCUUUACCAGCAUAUAACGACACAGCCACUGCUACAGCCUUCACAACCAAAUUCAGAAGCCCAAGAAAGGCCCAGGUGCCAACUGAAAUUGAUGAGAAUUUAUUUGUCACAGUUGGGCUGGGACUCGAGAACUGCCCAAGUGGUGCAAGCUCAAGUAGCUGUCAAGGUCCAAAUGGAACUCGAUUUGCUGCCAGUAUGAACAAUGUCUCUUUUGUGCUACCAUCCAAUUUUUCGCUGCUACAAGCACAUCACCAAGGCAUACAUGGUGUUUUCUCCACGGAUUUUCCAGCAAACCCACCUGUAAAAUUUGAUUAUACCGGUAAUGUAAGCCGGUCAUUGUGGCAACCUAUUCGAGGAACUAAGUUGUACAAGUUGACAUAUGGGGCAAGAGUGCAAGUUGUAUUACAGGGGACAGGCAUCUUCACAGCUGAGAACCACCCAAUUCAUCUUCAUGGAUAUGAUUUUUACAUUAUUGCAGAGGGUUUCGGUAACUUCAAUCCAAAAAGUGAUACUGCUAAAUUCAACCUAGUUGAUCCACCUCUAAGAAAUACAGCCAGUGUACCCGUUAAUGGAUGGACAGUCAUCAGAUUUGUCGCUGACAAUCCAGGAGUGUGGCUGAUGCACUGUCACUUGGAUGUGCACAUUACCUGGGGUUUGGCCAUGGCAUUCCUCGUGGAAAAUGGAGUUAGUGAACUGGAAUCGUUGGAGGCUCCUCCAGAAGAUUUUCCUGUCUGUUGACGACUGCAAAAAGCGACAUUAUACAAAAACUCAGAGCCCAUAGAGAUAUUACUUCAAUAGAUUUAGGCAUUCAAUAUAAUGUUCCCUACAUGUAUCGCAGUUAUUGUUAUUAUAGAUAACUGGGUUGAUGACAAAAGUUGUUGAUGAACUCAGCAUUUGUCUUAGAACUAAGGCAGUGUAUUCCCAGAUUAAAGCAAUUGUAUUGUUAAAGUGUGAUUAACACAAAAGAAUUCAUUUGAGUUUUGAACUAAA